AUGUGCAGUGUGAGAGGAGGGGGGAGUGAAGCAAAGAAUGUGAGUGUGGAGAGGGGAGUGAAGCAAGAAUGUGAGAGAGGGGGAGUGAAGCAAGAAUGUGAAGUGUGGAGAGGGGGAGUGAGCAAGAAUGUAAGUGUGGAGAGGAAGUGCCGGAAGACGAAGUGUGAAGGACGAAGUGUGAACAGGAAGUGUAUUGAGAGCAGAAGUGUCAGGAGACGAAGCGUGAAGGACGAAACGUGUGAUGGGACCAGAAGUGUGAACAGGAAGUGUAUUGAGAGCAGAAGUGUCAGGAGAAGAAGUGUGAUGGGCCCGGAAAAGUGUCAGGAGACGAAGUGUGAUGGGCCCAGAAGUGUGAAAGGAAGUGUAUUGAGAGCAGAAGUCAGAAGUGCCGAGAGACGAAGUGUGAAGAACAAGUGUGAACAGAAGUGUAUGGAGAACAGAAGUGUCAGGAGACGAAGUGUGAUGGACCAGAAGUGUGAACAGGAAGUAAGUGUCAGGAGACGAAGUGUGAAGGACGAACAGAAGUGUCAGGAGAAGAAGUGUGAAGGACGAAGUGUGAUGGGACCAGAAAAGUGCCGGGAGACGAAGUGUGAAGGACGAAGUGUGAACAGGAAGUGUAUUGAGAGCAGAAGUGUCAGGAGACGAAGUGUGAAGGACGAAGUGUGA